AAGUUAUAUUUUGUUUCAGCAUUUAUGACAGAGGUGUCGGGGUCAGAUGCAGUAAAAUCCCAUCACAGUUCAAAGGGACACAAAAGUUUGUCAGGUAUGAUAACAAAGCUAACGAGUGGAUUGGAGAAGGAAGGGGUGCGCAUGGAUAUCAUUUCGGAUUUUGUAGACUCUCUGAUGGAAACACGCAAGAAAAGCUUGGAAUAUUGUCAGUUCCCAGGAUUCAGACAUGGAGAACUGAUAGAGUUACCUGGACAACUAGAGUCUCCACCCAUAUUACAUAGAGUUACCAAGGCACAAGAUUUUAAUCCAGGAUUUAAAAAGUUUUGGAAGAAGUUAUUUCUAUCCGAAGCCUCUGUUGCAGUGAUGCAGGAUACAUUCUGGUGGUUCUUUCUCCACAAGUUCGAUACAAGCAAACCUAUAGACAAAAAUUUACUGUAUGACAGGAUAGCUGACAGUUAUGUUGCCUUGUUUACAAGUAUCAAUGAAGAUGUCAAGGACAAAUUUCUUAUGGCUUAUCCUGACUGUCUAGCACAGGCUGUAUUCUCAGCGUACUGGGAGGCCUUUCCAGAAUCACGUACAAAGUUUGAUGACAACUUGCGUCAAGAUUUAGUCAACACUAUCAGUGAAUGGACAACAGGUGUGAAGCCAGUGCCAGGUAGUCACAAGUCCUGGAAGGUGCGACGGUUGCAAUCUAAACCUCCUAAAGGUCUCGAGAAGGAGAACACAAAAACUGCUGAACAGAUGAUGCAUGCUGCCGCUCUCAAUAAAACAUUGGAUUACUCUCUUGACGUUGAUACCUUUGCAAAGAUGGUGGAUCGUCUAGGUACCGACCAAGUAUCAUACGGAGUUACUCCCCCUGGAAUGACCCGAGACUUGACUAGGAUGACGUAUGCAUCAUCACAAGUCCCAACAACAAUAACACAGUCAAGGCUAGCAACAGCAGGAACAGAACAUCGGAAACGGGAGGAGUCACAUCAGAUCGGGCCUGGACCUACAUAUGAACGUGUUAAGUUCAACACACAAGGGCGAAGUCCAUUGAUUUCUCAUUAUCUCCACCUGCGUAAAUUGAAGGAUCUCCAUCAGCCUGGCAAGAAAGUAAGACGUACCGAGAUUGUGAAACUGCCAUCACCAGGUCCAACAUACAAACAGUUGAUACAAAACACUCUAGCUAUGACAGAUGCUCUAAGUAGAGAAUAUCAGAAAAUCUGUGAUCAAACAGACCAGGAGAUUUUGGAACUGGAGAAGAAACAGAGAGACACUAACAAGGAAUUUAACAGCUUGACCAAAGAACUUAUGUUCACUAAAAACCCUGUAGAUUUAAGAAUACUUAGUGAUAAAAUUAUUGGACUCAGGUUGCAACAGAAAGAACUUUGAGGAGAAAGAUAGGGAGACACCGCUGCUAAAGGAAGACAAGUCUCACCCUCAGCAACAAGAUGAAGAGGAUUAUGGUGAUACUGAUGAUGAUCAGGAUAUGUGAGAGGUAGUGAUGUGCUGCCAAUAACUGUUAUGUACUGGAAAAAAAGGAAAAAAACUGUGGAACUUUCAGCACAAGGAUCUUUAUGUAACACAUAUCAGUGGAAACUGUAUCUUCGGACACAAAUAAUAUAUACAAAAAAAAAUCUUGUUUAUUCAUUCUAACAUUUAUAGAAAGUUUUCUCAUGUGCGAGGGUUGUUCAAUAAAUACGUAGACUGGCAUUACAACUUUGUCCCCCUUACGUGCAGUUUAGCAUAUUAAUUGGUACUGUUAUAACCUGAUGAUUUACAUGUCGGCUUGUAACUGUGGUUAUUGAAAUAGAAAAACAUCGCACAGUACAAAGAAGAGAUUAUUUAAUAACUUUACAACCCCCUUGCAGCCCAACUGAUGUUCUGAUGUCUAAAAUGUAGAAACAUCAAUAACUGCAAGUACAGUUACAUAACUUUUUCACAACACAUGGUGAAUAUGUAUUGAACCAAGUUUUUCGAAGUUGAAAACUGGAGAUGUUGUUGGGCGCAUGGAAGAGUGGGGUUAAGAUUUGGUUUCUGUUCUCUUACUUUAUUUUGGGUUGAAAUGAAACUUGGCCUAUAGGUAACUUAAAGUAAGACCAUGAUUUGGGGUUAGUGGAGUCAAGGUCAAGGUCACUGUUAAACCAGUUUCAGCUCAGUACUUUAGUUUUGAUUGAUGGAUUGAAAUCAAACUUGGCAUAUAAGUAGCUUAUAGAAAAAUCAAGUCUGGGAUUGCAUACAGAGUCAGUGGGGUCAGGUUUAAGGUCAUUACAACUGAUUUAAUGUAGUUGUACAUACUUCGAAAAUUCCACCUCAGCAAAGUUAGUCUAGAGCAUUGGCUAUUUUACAGCUACCUUUUGUGCUGUGGAUUAGAGAGCUCAAUUAUAAAUGCAUUAUUUUAAUAAGUUUAUAAGGCAUAGUACACCCAUGAAUAGAUUAUUUUAUGAUUUUCAGUGAAAUGAAUGACAAAAGAACACCAAUAUCUACAUUUUUCAGUUAAAAGUAUUUGUUUAUGUAAGAGUGAUAUCUUCUUUAGAUGAAUAUUCUUCAAAUGAUGCACCGGGUUGUAUUUACAGAAGCUUUUUAGUAUGUUUUCAAUAGAUUUAAAAACAUGAUUAAAUUGAUUAUGAAAACAAAUGUAAACAAUGUUGACGUUAUGAAAACGAGGCUGAUGCGAGCCACACACUCUGCACACCUAUUACUUAAACAACAAGCAUUCUCUAUGGUAACAGUAUCAGAUCUGUUACAUAUAAGUAGCAGAGACAUUAUGGUUCAAAACCAUACAAACUUAAUAUUGGCUAGUUCUUCAGUCUACAUAUUUAUUGAGUGACCUACAUACAUUUGUUUAAUACCCAGACAUUAUGAUGUUUAUCAUGGUGUCUGAAAGACAAUUUUGUUCCCACCAACAGAAAACUAACAUUUUCAUAUCUGGCCUGAUAAGAAAACAUGAACUUUUGAUUAAUAAGAAGUGUGUAUGGAUCAGGAAAUGAUUGGUGUCAAUUAGACUUUGUCUGUAACCUUUCACUGCAAUAUCUUAUUAAUGCUGCCAGAAAGAAUAUUGAAUUAUUGACUGCUAGAUCUGCUGCUCCAAGUAAAUAACACAUUUAAUGUCAGACUCAGAUGAAAUAUUUGAGAAAUUUGUCUAGUAGUGGCAGUGAUGUUGAAUUGAUGAAUUAUAUCGAUCGUGUUUUCAGUUCAUUUAUUUCAUAGUUUUGAUUUAUUAGUUCCCAAGCGGUUAAAGAAAUUCAUCUUUCCUUUAGUCAGUACCAUUUUUAGCUCGACUAUAUGAAGUAUAAGGAGAACUAUCCUACUCGCCCCGGCGUCGGCGUCUUUCUGCGUCCCCACCUUGGUUAAAGUUUUGGUGCACUUUCUCUUUUUUCAACUUAUCUCUGUAAUUACUUGAUGGAUUUGAUUCAAACUUGAAACACUUAUUCCUCAUCAUCAUCCACAUCAUCUGACAUAAGGGCCAUAACUCUGGCACCAAUAUUUCAUGAAUUAUCCCCCCUUUUCACUUAGAUUUUCAGGUUAAAGUUUUGAUGCACGUUCACUCUGUCUCUGUUAUUACUGAAUGGAUUUGAUUCAAACUUAAAAUAGUUGUUCAACAUCAUCACCCACAUCAUAUGACACAAGGUGCAUAACUCUGGCACCAUUUUUUCAUGAAUUAUUCCCCCUUUUUGACUUAGAAUUUCAGGUUAAAGUUUUAUGCACUUUUACUCUACCUCUUUUAUUACUGAAUGGAUUUGAUUCAAACUUAAAAUAGUUGUUCAACAUCAUCACCCACAUCAUAUGACACAAGAUGCAUAACUCUGGCACAAUUUUUCAUGAAUUAUUCCCCUUUUUACUUAGAAUUUCAGGUUAAAGUUUUAUGCACUUUCACUCUAUCUCUGUUAUUACUGAAUGGAUCUGAUUCAAACUUAAACAAUUAUUCAACAUCAUUACCCUUAUCAUAAGACACAAGGUGCAUAACUCUGGCACCAAUUUUUCAUGAAUUAUUUCCCCUUUUUACUUAGAAUUUUAGGUUAAAGUUUUGAUGCACUUUCACUCUGUCUCUGUUAUUACUGAAUGGAUUUGAUUCAAACUUAAAAUAGUUGUUCAACAUCAUCACCCACACCAUAUGACGCAAGGUGCAUAACUCUGGCACUAAUUUUUUAUUAAUUAUUCCCCCUUUUUACUUAAAAUUUUACGUUAAAAUUUUGAUGCACUUUCACUCUGUCUCUGUUAUUACUGAAUGGAUUUGAUUCAAACUUAAAAUAGUUGUUCAGCAUCAUAACCCACACUAUAUGACACAAGCUGCAUAACUCAGGCACCAAUAUUUAAUGGAUUAUGCCCCUUUUGGCUUAGGAUAUACUUAUAUAGUGUUUUGAUACAUUUUAUCUUUACCUCUCUUAUUACUUUAAGUUGAUAUUUUUUAUAUAGAUUCAGGCUAUUGUGCAAUAUCUUCAUCCACAAUUGGAGUCUUUCUCCAGUGACAGCUCUAGUUUCUUCAGAUGUGCCCAGUUUCACUGUCCAGCAUCGACAUAGUCGAGCCCGCUGUCUCCUAUGACAGCUCUUGUUGUCUGGCCAAUCGCUUUCAAGAGUCAUGCAUUGAUGGAAUUUAAAAAAACAACUUGGCACAUUCGCUUAAAAAAGACAGUGAGUGACAAAUGCAAAACUCAUAUCCCUAGCACAAAGGUCAAUGUCAGACUUAAAGGUCAAAUAUUUAGGGUGAUGUUUUUGUCUGGUCUAUAAAUUUUUAAUGCUUAUGUGAAUAUUCAGUUUACUUUGCACAACCAGUCACGACAAGAGGGAAUUAUAUCAUGUGCAAGACCAAGACACCUUAUUAAUUUGACAAGAAGUGUAAUUUCAUUAACAUGUUUUUUUCAUCAGCUGUAUGUGCUUUUACCUUUGUAUUUGAUUUUUUUCUUCAAUUUAAAAAGCAAUAAAGUUAUACCAGGACCAU